GCUUCGGGCGCGGCUUGAAAGAGUAGAAAUUGGCCGCAUAGACCGAAAGCAUCCCAGGGGAGCUGGUCCGCCGAAAAAGUCACAAAGCGGCAAAUGUAUACUCCUUCCGCGGUACAAUUCCCCUGGGAUGUUUUCUGUCUAUGUGGCCAAUUUCUAGACUUUCCAGCCGCUUCUGAAGCCUAGUAACAAUCCUAGUAUAGGAUAGUAUAACGCGACUUAGUAUAAUCACACAUGGUACCUGUACAUUUGAUAGAGUUUUACACAAUGACACCUUCUGUGGCUUUUUAUUUUGAAUUUUUAUCUUCAUUCUGGUGAAGUCUCAAUCAUUGAGGCAAGACAAUUUCUGGGGUAAUCAAUGUACGGUGGUGCCGUGAUACUGAUUGGCUGAUACUAGUCACGUGAGAGAAGUGUAUAAGAAAUUAAGGCUCUGUCUUGUCAAAGUGCGUUGUACGUGCGCGUCGUUGUCGUAGCGAAGAAAUGGACGGUACGAAAAGAGAAACCGUCCUUGAGCCUGCCCCAGUGUCUGUUACCGGUACCCGCCAGAAAACCGUCACAGACCCCGCGACAGGAGUAACCUACACGCCGCUCUCUCCCCCGAGAUAUCGCGAACUUCAGCACGCAAGCAACGAGAUAAAACACCAAGACGGACCAGGGGCGCAAAUCGAAAAGAAAAGUCAUCAUCACCCACAACUGAGUUCAAACAGAAGCCACCACAGUGAGCUCACCAUGCCCAGGGACUGUCUCGCGUUUCGCCUGGCCACUCAUGACGAUUUCGCCGGAGUUGUGGCCAUGUCGGAAGGAGUGUACGGCGGGUUGGACUACCUGCCGUCCCACUAUCACGCCUUCAUAGACGACCCGCAAAGACUUGUCGUACUGGCGGAGUUGGACUGUCAAAUUGUGGGGCUGUCCUCUGCUUUUAUCGUUGACGGAGGCGAGGUGUACAUAGAGAAGGCUUUACGUGUGGCGGAGUCGUGCCGCGGGCUGGGCAUCAGCCGCCGCCUGACCGAGCACGUCGACCGGCUGGUCCGGUCACACUUCCCGACGGUGGAACGCAAGAGAAAGCUGGUUGCCGACGCUGGGAAGAUCGAGUCCCUGAAGAAAAAGGGGAUGGAAGUCGUUUGUCGUUUGCCAACGACUACAUUUGUGGACGAGCCAAACUCACGAGGCAGCCAAAGCGCAUGCGCCAUCCGAGCAGCAAACAACAUCUUCGGCACGAUAGAAAACAAUCUUCCGACUCUUCCCGAAAUCCGCCGACUUCACGCCAAUGACAUGCCUUCGGUUCUCCGACCCGAAGUUUCACGAAAGCUGCUCACCAACGGACUCAUGAGCGGGCGCUGGGACGCGCUCAACUUCUGCGAGGAAAACUUCCUAUAUCUAUUCAACAACGGUUUCUCUCUAUUCGCAGACGACACAGAACCGUUUGUAGAAAGCUUUAGUUUUGGAAAAUGUUUCCAAGUUCCGUCAGGGCUGCAGUAUUUUGUGGACCUUCACGCAUCAGAGGAAAGACACGUGAAAGCUCACUUGUUCAAACACUUUGCUGAGAUGUGCAGGUGUGACACAGAACUCCCGAUCUACCUCACAGUGUCUGUCGCAGAGGAAGCCAUGGUGGAAGCGGUGGAAACAUUCUGUUCAGAAGUUCUCUGUUUGCGCCCGUUUGACCUGUGCCAUGAUAGCCUUGGAGUGGUAGUAGAAGGGAAACUAUGAUAUUACUCGGUCUUUAGACUAGAAUAAGAGGUAACGGUAUUUCAAAUAUACGAAAGCAUUCGAUCAUGGGCCUAGCGGUUAUGUACGGUACUGCAUCGAAGCAUCAACGUUUGAGGUAAAAUUUACCGUGUUAAGUUAAUUAUGUUAAAAAAAAGGUGUUGGGACUGGGAGUACGUUGUGUAAUUUUGGGCAUCCUACCAGCUUGUUUAAAACUGUAGCUUUUGGAAUUUAAGGGAAUAAGUCAAACAUGGAUUGAUGAAUUGUAUUGUUUUAGGUAGGUGGGUACUUUAGGUAAUGAGAAAUUAUAGAGAUGUCUAAAAUUGUAAUCAAUUGCAACGUAUAAUUAACGGAAAUAAAUAUAUUUAUAUAAUUGCAUUGAACUAAAGUCUGUUUGCCACUAUUGCCUGUAGGUAGUUGAAGUACGCCAAUAGU